GAUGGCUGUGUGUUGGGCACCCGAGAGCUGAGAGAGAGCGGGAGGGGUGGAAAGAGGUGCUUAGACACGCCACAAAAAGAGAAAGACGGGGCUGCGACGCCGGCCUUCUCUGUCCGAGCGAGAGGACGGUCGACGGUCUGUUAUUUUUUUUGUUUUACCGGCUGUCACGAAGCCAGUCGGGCUCCGCUGCAGCUGCUGAACAGCGACGCCUGGCUUAACCCACCUCCUGCCCAGCCGCUCAUCGUUCCCGGAGUGUGUUUUGCAAAGAUUAUCUCUGCCAAAUAGGAAAUUGGUGAAGGAGCUGGACCCUGGACUAAAGGAGCACAUAAGAAAUGUCAUUGCUGUGUGUUGGAGUAAAGAAAGGCAAGCUCGAUGGACCCCAAGAGAAAUUUAACACAUACGUGACCCUCAAAGUGCAAAAUGUUAAGAGCACAACCAUCGCUGUGCGUGGCAGUCAACCAUGCUGGGAACAGGACUUUAUGUUUGAAAUAAACCGUCUGGAUCUGGGCCUCACAGUGGAGGUGUGGAACAAAGGACUGAUCUGGGACACCAUGGUGGGAACUGUGUGGAUCCCCCUGCACAGCAUACGACAGUCCAAUGAAGAGGGUCCCGGUCAGUGGCUGACCCUGGACUCAAAUGUGAUCAUGGCUGAGAAUGAGAUCUGUGGGACCAAAGACCCGACCUUUCACAGACUGCUGCUCGAUACCCGCUUUGAACUGCCAUUAGACAUUCCAGAGGAAGAGGCUAGAUACUGGGCCAAAAAACUUGAACAACUUAAUGCAAUGAGAGAUCAAGAUUAUGCAUACCAAGAAGAACAAGAGCAAUCACUCCAUGCCCCCUCCACACAGUGCUGUAAUUGGAGUCUGUGGGGAGACCAGCAGAACGAGGACCCAGACAGUGCUGUCGAUGACAGGGACAGCGACUACCGCAGCGAGACCAGUAACAGCAUCCCACCUCCCUUCUACACCACCUCCCAGCCCAACGCUUCCAUGCACCAGUAUCCGAUGAGGCAACAAAACUACAGGCACUCCUACAGUGAUGACAUCCAUGAGCUAGACUACGAUCACAGAACCAUGAGUCCCACAGACAGCCGUUAUGCCUCGUCAGGCGAGCUGAGCCGAGGAAGCUCUCAGCUUAGUGAGGAGUUUGCUCCAGAGGAUGGGGAAAGCUUUCAAGGUUCAGAAUUCUACGACGAAAACGACUCGUACCACUCCUGCCACUCCUCUGUCAGCUAUGGCAAAGAAGACUCCCCAGGGUGGGAUGGGGAGGACCACCAAGGGGUUUACAGUGAUGAGGGAGGCUAUCUCAAAGAUGGAGGGGAAGAGAGUGCACUGUAUGAUGAAGAGGAAGGUGACAUUUACUCAGAGGAACGGCAGUACAACUAUGAAGAUGAGGAAGGGUUGCGAUAUGGAGAUGAAGAUAUGUAUCCACUGGCUGACAAACAAAGCCAAGACAAGGAGCCGACCUACAUUCAAAUGCCACCAGGCUCUGCACCCACCUUGAUGCCCCCAUCUGAUGGCCUGUCUUCCACCAGGCCACCUUUGGAGAAACAAGCAUCCUUGCAUCAGCAGAGGCUUGCUCAAGAUCAGACCGAGUCGCCCAGUGCAGCUCUUGAACUACCUCCAGUCACACAGGACAGCACGUUGCCCUGUGAUGCUUCCAUCAAGCCUUCCUUUGCUCCCUCACAGCAACAGAUGUCUGUCACAACAACAUCCACCCCAACACUCCCAUCCCAAGUACCACCUCUGGACACCAAGCCCCAGGAGCCACAGCCCAUAUCUGAAACCCCUCUGGAGGAACCUCAUCCUCUUGAACAACCUCCAGCAGCAGACACUGUGCAACCUGCUCCUGAGGAGAAAACAGAAGAGGCUCCUGUUCCAAGCUUCCCAAAGAGAGAAAUCAUGGAGCCAGGCCCUGCUAGAGCCAAAGCCAACUGGCUUCGCCUUUUCAGUAGAGUACGACUACAGCUGCAAGAGGCCCGAGGAGAACAUGUUGGGAUUGCCUCACUGCUUUUAUCUGCAGGCAUGGGUGGUGCUCUGUACAGCAUUGACAGCAUGCCAGACCUUAGAAAGAGGAAAGCAAUGCCUCUGGUCAGAGAUCUGGCAAUGUCUUUGGUCCAGAACUCCAGAAAGGCCGGAAUCACCUCAGCCCUAACCUCCAGCACCCUGCAUAAUGAAGAACUGAAGAGUCAUGUCUACAAGAAGACCCUGCAGGCCCUCAUAUAUCCAAUUUCUUGCACCACGCCACACAAUUUCGAAGUGUGGACAGCCACCACUCCAACUUACUGCUACGAGUGUGAAGGACUGCUGUGGGGUAUUGCUCGCCAAGGCAUGCGCUGCACUGAGUGUGGAGUCAAAUGCCAUGAGAAGUGCCAGGACCUGCUCAAUGCUGACUGUCUACAAAGAGCCGCAGAGAAGAGCUCCAAACAUGGCGCAGAGGACAGAACCCAGAACAUUAUCAUGGUUCUUAAAGAUCGCAUGAAGAUCCGCGAGAGGAACAAACCAGAGAUCUUUGAACUCAUCCAGGAAGUGUUUGCAGUCCCCAAGUCCUCUCAUGUCACCCAGAUGAAGCAGAUCAAGCAGAGUGUGCUCGACGGCACCUCCAAAUGGUCAGCCAAGAUCUGCAUCACAGUUUUGUGUGCUCAGGGUCUCCAAGCCAAGGAUAAAACUGGUUCUAGUGAUCCCUAUGUAACUGUCCAGGUGGGAAAGACCAAAAAGAGGACCAAAACUAUCUAUGGUAACCUCAACCCUGUUUGGGAGGAAACGUUUAAUUUUGAAUGUCACAACUCCUCAGACCGCAUUAAGGUGCGAGUGUGGGAUGAAGACGAUGACAUUAAGUCUCGGGUGAAGCAGAAGUUCAAGCGAGAGUCUGACGACUUCCUCGGUCAAACUAUCAUCGAGGUCCGCACUCUGAGCGGAGAGAUGGACGUAUGGUAUAAUCUUGACAAACGAACGGACAAAUCAGCCGUGUCUGGGGCUAUACGAAUGCGCAUUAAUGUGGAGAUUAAAGGAGAGGAGACUGUUGCUCCAUAUCACGUACAAUACACCUGUCUGCAUGAGAACCUCUUUCAUUAUGUAACAGAUAUCCAGAAUAAUGGUGUGGUGAAGAUCCCUGAUGCAAAAGGGGAUGAUGCUUGGAAAGUUUAUUUUGAGGAGACUCCCCAGGAAAUAGUAGAUGAGUUUGCCAUGCGUUAUGGAGUGGAGUCCAUCUACCAAGCCAUGACCCACUUUGCCUGCUUGUCAUCCAAGUACAUGUGCCCGGGUGUGCCUGCAGUCAUGAGCACCCUGCUGGCCAACAUCAACGCCUACUACGCCCACACCACCCAGGCAACCAACAAUGUUUCUGCGUCUGACCGCUUCGCUGCUUCAAAUUUUGGAAAAGAACGGUUUGUCAAGCUUCUAGAUCAGCUGCACAACUCUCUGAGGAUAGACCUCUCCAUGUAUCGAAACAACUUCCCAGCCAGCAGUCCUGAGAGGCUACAGGACCUCAAGUCCACAGUCGACCUCCUCACCAGUAUUACCUUCUUCAGAAUGAAGGUUCAGGAGCUCCAGUCUCCACCCAGAGCCAGUCAGGUUGUCAAAGAUUGUGUAAAAGCCUGCCUCAACUCCACCUACGAGUACAUCUUUAAUAACUGUCAUGAGCUCUACAGCCGGGAGUACCAAACGGACCCGGCCAAGCAGGGAGCUGUGCCUCCAGAGGAGCAGGGACCCAGUAUCAAGAACCUGGACUUCUGGUCCAAACUAAUCACACUUAUUGUUUCCAUCAUUGAGGAGGACAAAAACUCGUACACUCCCUGCUUAAACCAAUUUCCCCAGGAGCUCAACGUGGGUAAAAUAAGUGCCGAAGUGAUGUGGAAUCUAUUUGCUCAGGAUAUGAAGUAUGCAAUGGAAGAACAUGAGAAAAACCGCCUUUGUAAGAGUGCUGAUUACAUGAACCUGCACUUUAAGGUUAAGUGGCUGUACAACGAGUACUGCAAAGACCUUCCCUUCUUCAAGAGCCGUGUGCCUGAAUAUCCUGCGUGGUUUGAGCCAUUUGUCAUCCAGUGGCUGGAUGAAAAUGAGGAAGUCUCUCGAGACUUUUUGCAUGGUGCUUUGGAAAGAGACAAAAAAGACGGGUUCCAGGUCACGUCUGAACAUGCGCUCUUCUCCUGCUCGGUGGUGGACGUGUUUUCCCAGCUCAACCAGAGCUUUGAGAUCAUCAGAAAGUUAGAGUGUCCAGAUCCACAGAUUGUAGGGCACUACAUGAAACGGUUCGCCAAGACCAUCAGCAAUGUUCUUCUGUCCUAUGCUGAUAUCAUCUCCAAGUUGUUUGCCAACUAUGUUAACAUGGAGAAAGUGCCCUGCAUCCUGAUUAACAACAUCCAACAGCUGAGGGUUCAGUUAGAGAAGAUGUUUGAAGCCAUGGGUGGGAAAGACCUGUGUGUGGAGGCCAGUGAUAUCUUGAAAGAUUUGCAGGUUAAGCUCAAUAAUGUCAUGGAUGAUCUGAGCAGGGUCUUUGCUGUCAGUUUCCAGCCUCACAUUGAGGAAAAUGUGAAACAGAUGGGAGACAUUUUGGCUCAGGUGAAGGGAACGUCAAACGUGGGAAACGCCAGCAGCGUGGCCCAGGAUGCCGACAACGUCUUGCAGCCAAUCAUGGAGUUCCUGGACAGCAACCUUUCGUUGUUCGCUAAGAUUUGUGAGAAGACUGUUCUGAAACGUGUGCUGAAGGAGCUGUGGAAGCUGGUAAUGAACACCAUGGAGAAAACCAUCGUUCUACCUCCACUCACAGACCAAACGGGCACUCAGCUCAUCUUCAAUGCUGCCAAGGAGCUUGGACAGCUGUCCAAACUGAAGGAGCACAUGGUUCGUGAGGAGGCCAAAGCACUAUCACCCAAGCAGUGUGCUGUGAUCGAGCUGGCUCUGGACACCAUCAAGCAAUACUUCCAUGCUGGUGGUGUGGGUCUGAAGAAGACCUUCCUGGAGAAGAGUCCCGACCUCCAGUCUCUGCACUACGCCCUGUCCCUGUACACGCAGGCCACGGACAAACUCAUUAAGACCUUUGUCCAGUCGCAAAACGCCCAAGUGUUCGACGGGAAGGGGGUGAGAUUCACCACUAGUGAGGAUGUUUACCCAGAAAAGGGCACUGGAGUGGAUGAUGCUGUGGGCGAAGUGUCCAUCCAUGUGGAGGUUUUCACUCAUCCAAACACUGGCGAACAUAAAAUCACAGUAAAAGUGGUGGCUGCCAACGACUUGAGGUGGCAGACGCAGGGAAUAUUCCGUCCGUUUGUGGAGGUCUACAUCAUUGGCCCCCACCUGAGCGACAAGAAGAGGAAGUACGCCACCAAGUCAAAGAACAACAGCUGGGCUCCUAAAUACAAUGAAACCUUCACUUUCACACUGAGCAACGAGGUUGGUCCAGAGUGCUAUGAGCUGCAGGUGUGUGUGAAGGAUUACUGCUUCGCCCGAGAGGACCGCACCGUGGGCAUGGCCGUCCUGCAGCUGAAGGACGUGGCGUCUAAGGGCAGUGCCGCCUGCUGGCUGCCACUGGGUAAGCGCAUCCACAUGGAUGAGACAGGCCUCACCGUCCUGCGCAUUCUUUCCCAACGAAACAACGAUGACGUGGCGAAGGAGUUUGUCAAGCUGAAGUCCGACCAGCGCUCCGCAGAGGAGGGCCGUGGCUAAAAAAAAGGCAGAGUGGGGCUUAAAAUGCCGCGUCUGGAGCUCAGUCAGACAGCCACUGCCCUGGGGCUCUUCUGAGCCACUGCAAGUCACUGCCAGGGUAAUCCAGUGUUGCAAAAGCAGAGAUAAGACAGGAGUCACCACACACUCAGUACUGUAAAUACGUUUAUUUCCGUGGAGAAGACACAAAGCAAAGAGAAGCAUCACUAAAUUCACCAGGGUCUUUAUUGUUGCUGAUCUGUUUAACCAUUGUUUUAGCUGUAGAGUUACCUUAUUUAUCGUGAAGAAACAGAAACUUCCCGAGUGGUCAGGUUGAGAAUCAUCUUGUAGCCUCUAAAUAUUUUUAGCUUUCUUUCUCACUUUUUUCUGCCUUGUUUUAAGUUUCUGCCCUCUCAUCCCUUCCCUGGUACGUGCCCACUCAGAGAAGGGACCACAAGUGCCAACAGAUAGUUGCUGAAAUAUGCCAAGACCAUUCCCAAGCACAACGGACCAACUGUCCACACAACACAAACAGGCCUAAACAUUUUUAGAAAGAAAGCACUUUUAGUUGAUCAUUCAAGUUUUUUACUUUCUUAUUCUAGAUCUACAUUUAUAAUUCAAUAAAUCUACAUAUGAUCAUAUAAAUAUAUAUAAUAUAUACAAAGGAAAUAUGUGAUCUUAUAGGAUUAUUCGAUGGAUAUGUGGUACUUGAAAGAUUGUCCUGGUUCGUCUUUCUGUCUGUCUACCCUGCAACGGAGCACACUGCCUGACACCCUCAAUGCCUUCUGUUCUGUUGACCCUCGUCCUUUGUCUGUGUCCCUUGUGAGGACAGCAUAGAGCGAGAGAAAUCUGAUGAAAGCACAUCUCUGAGCACUGUGAUUCAUCAGAUUAUAUAUAAAUAUAUAUGUGUGCAUGAGUGAGUGAAUGAGAAUGGAUUCGUUAGUUGAGCAUCAUGUGUGGUUGUCAAGUUGCUGACCUCAUGUUGCCGGUUACCUGCAAAGGUUAUAUCACAAAGAGAAGCCAUCUCUACAUUGAUUAGAUUUGGAGGAUCAGUUUAGUGUUUAUAGGUUUGUUUACAUUUUUAACUUCUUUUUUUUAUGUUAUUUCUAACCUUUGUGUAUUACUGCAAACAUUCCUUACAGCCCCGUCUGGGUCUGUCAUCAGUGCGUUACAGAGGAAAGAUUAAAUCUCACCUCAUUUUCUUUAAGAGAAAAAAACACCUGACUGCCAAAUAAUAAGAUGAUUAUUUCAACAAAAAAAAAAAAAGAAAAGCAUACAUUGAGAAGAUAUUUUGCUAAGUAGCAACAUGUGAGUUAAAAUAUCUGACACAUCCCUCACCCCAGAGUGAGCACAGAUCUGCAAUGAGCUAACAUCUUUAACAUUCAGCUGUGCAAUGCCUUGCAAUUUAUUUUCACAUUUUGUCUCGUUCCAGCCACAAACUUUAAUGUUUCACUGGGAUUUUAAAGAAUUAGCCAACACAAAAUAGUUGUCCAUAGUUGUGAAGUGUUGGGACAAUAAUACAUGUUUUUUUAAUUGGUUGACAAAUGAAAAUCUGAAGAGUGUGAUGUGUAUUUAUUUGUAUUAAGCUCAAGCUCGGUCAGGUUGGACAGAAAAGAUCUGUGAACAUCGGUUUUCUAGUCUUACCCCAGAUCCUCGAUUAGAUUUAGGUCUGUACUUUAACUAGGUCAUUCUAACACAUAUAUAUAUGAGGUGUUGUACUGCUGGAAGGUGAAACUCCACCAGUCUCAAGCCUUUUGCAGCCUUUCACUGGUUUUCUUUCAGGGUUAAUCCGUAUUUAGCUCCAUCUAGUUUCCAACCAAACAUGUCGAACUGUCCCGUCCCUACUGAAGUAAAGCAACCACCAUGUUGGUUGUACUUGAGUUUAUUUAGAAGUAUCAGGGUAAAAGGGAAAAACGAACAGUUUUCAGAUUUCCAUUUGAAAGGAAUUUUAAAAAUCCUGUAUCCUUUUGAAUCCACUUCAGAUUCAUGCACUAUUUUGAGUUGGUCUGGUACACAAAAUCCCAAUAAAAUAUAUACUGUUGGUAGUAUGUGGACAAAAUGUGGAAAAGUUCAGUAGUUAUUCAAGGCACUGUCACAUGCUUCACUUCAGACUCCAGACUGAGAUGAAAAACUUCUGCUAAAGGGCUGCUGAUCCACACCAGAACUGGUCUGAAUCUGACAUUUAAAAGAUGACAUUAAGGUGCAAACAUUGUACAGAGAUAUACAAAGAAAAACACGCAGUCUUUGUUGCACCGGUAAAAAAUUUAUUUAUUGUUUGAUCUUGUUUUGUCUUUUAAUAGUUAAGAGAAAGAUUAGAGGAAAAAAAAAUCACUAUUAAAUCACUUAAUCGUUAACCGUUUGUACCAUCUAACAUACAAUGGGUUUACAAAAACACUAAAACAAAAAUAUAUUUAUAUAUAUAUAUAUAUAUAUUUAUAAGAGGUUUGUUUGUUUACCAUCUUAAAAGUAAUGUUAAUUUUCAGGACUCAAAAAGAUGUAUUUAUGUUCCUGAAUAAUUAAAAAGACCCUAUUAUUGAACAAAGUGGACCAACUGAACUCUAUGCAUCUGAUCUAUAAAUCUAUGUUGACGAGUCUUUUCUGAAGCACUCUUACAAUGUUUACAUGGUGGAUUAUUAAUCUAAUUAUCACAGCACAAGUGUCUGAUAUGUUGUGAAAGCUGUCUUGUUUUUCUGGGCCAAACAUCAAAACUGUUGUGGAGUUGUUUAGAGACUUGACGUUUUGUUCAUGCAGGAAAAAAUGUCCUGUAGCAGAAACGGAUCGUUGUAAAUAGCUGCCAUGUAAAACACGUUAGAAUACGUGAAGUGAAAUUUGCUGCUCGGUUGUAGACUUGAAUUUUGUGCAGAGCGACCUGAGCCGGUGAUUAUUACGUGCAGACCUGUUGCCAGUAUGGGUACGGAGCUACUGUUGAACGAUAUAGGAAGGCCAUGUACAUUAUGGAGAUGAAUUACAAGCCAUAUGUAUCUCCGUAACAGGCGUUAUUAGGAGCUAAACGAAUAUUAUGAAAGUUUGACUUUCACUCUGACAGUACACACAAUGUUACAUCAUGUGGGCUACAAAUGAUUUAUAAAUGUUGUGUACCUCUCUGGCAUGUACAAGGUCUUUUUAUUGGAAGAGAACAUCUGCACAAUCUUUUAACAACACAAAAUACAACUGUCACAUAGCUGGAAAUGCCACAAAAAUCUUUAUUUAUUGCUGUUGACAAUGAUUCUCUUUAGUCGAGGAAGUUUUUCCUCCUUCUGGGGCUCAGUUUGUGUUGGGCUAUCAGGUUUUGAAGCUGAAUAUGGAAGUAGACGAAGCACAAUGAAAAGCACACACAUACACACACAGGCGGACAGACAUAUAUGAUCGUCCCCACUCCGUCCAGCUGGCCGGACAAGUCACAUGGUGGCGCCGGUCGUGUACUUCCAGAAACGGUGCAUGACAGAAACAAGUAAACAAAAAGAAAACGUGUUGUGCCAGCACGCAUAAUUAUUUGAUGUUUAAUGCCAAUUGUUGUCUUCUAUAUUUUGAUAUUUGAUUAUUGUUUUCUAUUUUUCAAAUGUUUGUGAAUAUAUAAAUAUGUAUUACUAAUGAUGUGUGGUGGGUACAAAGUACUGGCAUGAGACUUUUUUUACACAAAAGAUGUUUGUAAUUCUGUUUUUGUUUUUAUUAAUAUUAUUCUGGUUGUUCUUAAUGGGGGCUGAGGCUCCUGUGACUACAGUCUGACUGUGUUUCUGCUACCAAUAAAAUAUGUAAAACAAGA